UUAGUUGACUGCAUUAGUUAAGAAAUGGUUCGCGAUUUUCGUUAAACAAAGUAGGUACCUAUAGUACCUGUAAUAAUAAAUAAUAAAAGGAAAUACUGGUAACAAGCUCCUUGAAGUAUCGAGUGAUACUUGUUCCUCGGACUGGUUCGAAUCGAGCAAUUACGUCCCCUGCCCCACCUCUAGAACGCGGCAUGGCGUGGUGUGGCGUGGCAGUCGCCAUUUGCGUCACUCGCAUUCGCAAUGUCGUCGGCCGCGGGGCAGCUGGUGGUGCGAGACGGCCGGCGCGAGGACCUGCCCGCCGUGCAUCGAAUGAUAUACGAACUCGCUGCGUAUGAGGGCAUGCCGGACGGGCCGCAGCUCAGCGUCGAGGAUUUAGCGGCGGACGGGUUCGACAGCCGGCCUCCGUGGUUCUUCCUGCUGGUGGCCGAGCUGGAGCGAGAGGUGGUGGGCUAUGCGCUCUGCAACCGCGCCUACUCCAGCUGGACGCGUCGCGCGCUCUACAUCGAGGACCUGUACGUGGCGGAGACGCGACGGCGCGCGGGCGUGGGGCGCGCGUUGCUGCGCGAGGUGUGCGCGCGCGCGCUCGCCGCCGGCGUCGCGCGCAUCGACUGGCACGUGCUGGAGAGCAACCGCGCGGCGCGAGCGCUGUACGCGCGCAUGGGAGCACGCGACCUGUGCCGCAGCGAGGGCCGGCUGGCGCUGCGACUGGACGCGCCGCGCAUCCUGCACGUGGCCGAGGGCCGCCUGCUGCCGCACCGGGACCCGUCUUCUGAUGCGUCUUGACGCCUCGCAGAAUCCUUACACUUUAUUACAUACAUUUAUACAUUAAACAUUGAGUCUAAUUUCAAAGACAUACCUUUGGUUACUUUCGGUUAUGUAUUUAGAUAAGAUUCAGAUCCGUCAACGAGUAGAUAAUAAUAUUUAAAUAGCCCAAUAUAUAUAA